CCCCCCCGCCCCUGCGUAGCUCUCCCUAAGGCAACCGAAGGCAGCUCCUGAUUCAUGGCUCGCGGGAAAGCCAAGGAAGGGGAUGGCAACUGGAAGAAAUUCAUCUGGAACUCGGAGAAGAAGGAAUUUUUAGGGAGGACCGGAGGCAGUUGGUUUAAGAUCUUACUCUUCUACGUGAUCUUCUAUGGCUGCCUGGCAGGCAUCUUCAUUGGGACCAUUCAAGUCAUGCUGCUCACUGUCAGCAAAUUCCAACCCAAGUAUCAGGACCGAAUAGCACCCCCAGGAUUGUCAACUGUUCCCCAUGCCCUUAAAAUGGAGAUUUCUUUCAACCCUUCUGAUCCAAGCUCAUACAAGCGAUACGUAAACCUAAUUGAUACAUUCUUAAAGGCUUAUGAAAGUAAUAUUCAGCAAGAAGUCGAUUUUGAGAAUUGUGGCACUGAUCCUUCUCCUCCCAAAGAAAGAGGACCUUUUGAUGGCUCUCAAGGUGCUCUGCAAUCUUGCAAGUUCUUUCGCAGUUGGCUGGGAAAUUGCUCUGGCUUAGAAGAUCAAAAUUAUGGUUACCAAGAUGGCAAGCCAUGUGUCAUCAUUAAACUCAACAGAGUUCUGGGUUUCAUACCUCAGCUUCCACAAAAUAAUUCCAUCCCACCUGAGCUGCUGGCAAAAUAUAAUCCCAAUGUCAUUCCCAUUCAUUGCACUGCUAAGAAAGAAGAGGAUUUGGACAAAAUUGGCCCUGUGGAAUACUAUGGUAUUGCUGGCUAUGGUGGCUUUCCUCUACAAUACUACCCAUAUUAUGGCAGGAUCAUUCAGAAGAAAUACCUUCAACCCCUUAUAGCAGUACAGUUCACCAACCUGACUACUGGUACCGGGCUGCGUAUUGAGUGCAAGGCCUACGGUCAAAAUAUUUACUACAGUGACAAAGAUCGUUUCCAGGGACGUUUUGAUAUGAAAAUUGAGAUAAAAAGCAGCUGAUCAUAAGCAGAGUUUGUUUCUUCUUUUUUCCUCUUAGCCAUUUAAAAAGUAUAAAAAGAGACAAAACUACUAGUCUUGAACAAAACUCAUACAUAUGGGACCUACACAUAAUCUAUAUGCUUUACACUAGCUUUCUGCAUUUAAAUAGAUUAGAAUGUAAACCUAAAAGUGUAGCAAUAGUGACAGAUAUUUAUUCUAUUGUAAAGGAUGAAAAACAGAAUUGAGCCUUGGGAUAUGCCCAUUUCUACUGUAAAUUAUGAUUCCAUAACUGACUUGUAGUAAGCAGUGUUUCUGCCCCCUAAGUAUUGCUGCCAUGUGAAUUUUAUUUAGUGUAUAGUACUUUAGGUGCAUUAUUCUGGUCAUUUUUCAAGCCAUGUAUUAUUGUACUGUUUUCUACUUUCUGUGAGCAUAGAUUUGCUGCACAAGGUGUAAAUACUCAGUGGGAUUAAAACUGGCACAGUACUUUUUUCAUUUUUUAAAGAUUUUUUUAAACUUUUUUU